AUGUUGGCAAUAACCAUUGCACCUUUCGACGUUCCACAUGUGUCCGUCGCCGGUUACUUCAUCCCAAAAGGCCGGGACUCGGCUGCAACCCCAGAGGAGCCACUCAAGUUCAAGCCGGAGCGCCACUUAAAGGACGGUGGCUCGGAGGUGGUGCUUACUGAGCCAGACCUGAGGAUGUUGUCGUAUAGCACAGGGAAGCGUGGGUGUGCGGCGGUGACAUUGGGUACUACAAUGACCGCCAUGCUAUUUGCUAGGUUUCUUCAUGGGUUCACUUGGAAUGUGCCACCAGCUGUGUCAAGCAUUGAUCUCAAAGAGUCAGUGGGUGAUCUCUCACUCGCUCAGCCACUGCUAGAAAUGGCUCAACCAGGAGUAAUUGUAACGAUAGAGAUGAUCAAUAUGGAGUUGGAGAUCAUCGCCCUUCUAAGCACAUACCUCAGCAAUAUGAACUUCAUUGUCAACCAUAUGAUCAUGGGGCCUACUCUUGUUGUCCUCAAGCCUGGCGAUGAACUUGCUCGGAAAGACAAACUUGAGGAAGUACCAGGCUAUGAAUUGAAUGCG